GCAGAGAACAUCUAACACGUCCCCACCUCACAGCAUGUCAGCUCCUGCGCUAGGCACUCCUCUGUUAGAGACACACGCAUUUUUAUCAUUGGCCUUCUCAGGAAAAGUGCAUUUUGGACGUCUUUAAUGUGAAUACAUAGCUGUACUUUUGACUAGAUAGGUGCUUGGUUUUGCCAUCAGCAAAGUCUAAAUUUCAUGCAAUAGCUAUAAGUCUGAUGCAUUGGUCACAAUACCUUGGUUUCUGGGUAUUGUGUUCCUGUGGAACUGUAAGUCUGGGAUGUAUAUUUUAAAUUGCCUUUUAUAGUGGUAAGUAGUCAUUCAUGUUUGAAUUUGUAUGGUCCAGCGUCUAUGAGACCAGUGUGUGUUCACAUCCUGAACUCCACAUUUGUUUAUUCCAUUCAAACUGUUGAUUAUGGCCUGAUGGAUAGCCUGUUAAUAUGGAGCUUAGCUCCAAUACCUCUAUGCCACUGGUUUUAGUAUGCUGCUGAAAGGGAAGCAGUGCAUUCUGCUUUCUCCCCUCCCACUCAACUCUAAUGUGUGCUUUUUAGAAAUAUAACAAUUUCUACCAUGGUCAGGAUUUCAUUUCAAGCUAUUGCAGAAACAAAUACUGAUACAUCCUAACAUUUCAAAAACAUUACUGCGCAUUUGCCAUGAUGGUUGAGUGUGGUAGCAUCAUUUCAGCAUUAAGUUAAUUGUAAGGAAAAUGUUUCCAGGCAUGGUAGCUUUGUUUCUGUACCAAGAUCUGGAUUUCUAAAAACUUGCUGAUUUAUACCCCAUUAGAUCCAAAUGUUUUUAUGUUAUCACAAGAUUUCUAAGUACACCUUUUCUUUAGAAUGCUUGUUAAGGUGCCGAGGAAAAAUAGCAAAAUAUUUCCCUGGAAAGAUUAUUUUGGUGACUUUUCAUCUCAAAGCAAUUCUUUGUGAGCUUGAGAGGUCUAAGGAAGUAAAAGGUUGGAUAUGCUAUAGGGAGACCAAACACAGAAAUAGGGUAUGAAAUUAGGAUAGGCAGACACAUUCGCUGAUCUAGUGGUGAAAAAGAAUUAUUCUUCAAAGUGCAGGGCAAAUCCCACAUUUUUUUCUAUGUUUUCUUCCCUUAAAAAGAAGGGCUUAGUUCCUCUAUGAAAAUGUUAUUUAUGGGCAGAAAAACCUGCCCAUCAAAUUUUCUGUCUGGAAAUUAGAAAUGCUUUGAUGAGGAAUAAUAAAGCUACAGUAGAAGGAGUAACAUUGUGUUUGUCUUCCAGAAACAAGCAAGGCUUCAAGCAUCCUCUUAAGCCUUAAUUUCAUCUAGGCAGUGUCUCAUUUCAGAGACUGACAGGUAAAAUGAUUGGCGUCAGGAAGGCAGUUUUCUCUUGGCUCCUGGCACCCUUCCAGUGCUGUGAUUCGUGUCCCAACACCUUGCAGCAUCGUUUUAGUUGCUCUGCAAUGGUUUUCUGCUUACAGCAGAAUUGAAGAUGCACAUACAGAGGUCUCAGCAGUGGAACUUUGAGAAGUGUAAAUGGAUUUGUGUGGAGGGGAGUAACCAUUCCAAAUCAGUUUGGAUGCCACAGUUGCAUAGCUGAUAUGCAAGAGGACAAAGCCCAAAGACACAGAGAAGUUUGAAGCUUAGCAAACUACAAGGAGAUGUUCAAAAUGUGAGGGUGGCAGUAUUGUUUAAGGUAGAUAUAGAUAUAGAUACAGAUAUAGAUAUAGAUAGAUAUAGACAUAGACAUAGACAUAGAUGACAUAGAUGAUAUAGAUAUAUAUCAGCUUUUAUUUUGGAUCCUCUGCUUUCAAAGUGCCACAACUUUCUUUCUAAAAGGGGGAUAGUUUCCAAAAUAUACUGUACAAGAUUUGGCUCAGUGGAAAUUGAUACAAGGGGUUUUGGUUUCUUCGGUUCAAUAGCAGCAAAACCACACAUGUUAAAAUAGGGGAGGGGGACUGGUGGGACUCCACUCAUUUUUGGGCAGACAGAUGUUUUUUGAGAUGUUAAAAUAAAUCUAUUCAGUUGUAGGUAAGAUAAUUCUUAAAAUGCAAGACCUCAGUGUAACAUUGCAACUGAACAUCCAUGGAGCCAUUCUUUCAUCUGUUACAGGUCCUUCAAUCAUGGAAGGUGACACGGAUGGUUCUAAGAGCUGUAGGAGCUUUUUCUUCAAGCUUUGGUAUCCCUGCUGUUUCAUAACAGUGAUUUAUCCACAUUUUAAUGUGCAUGUUUGAGAGUACACAAGUGGCCUCACGUACCAAAUAGCUUCUCAGUUACUGGCACUUGGUACAAAACCAAACUCGGUGACAAGACUUCUCUCAAGCAGACCUUAUAUCAUGAACUUUCAGUAUGUACUGGAAGGAAGAUACCAAAUCAAAAAAGACUGGAGAGCCCCCACUAAUAAAUGGCUGGAUUCCUUACCUUGGGAAAGCUUUGAUUUUUAGAAAAGAUGCUUACAAAUUCUUACUGGAUCAACAAAAGAAAUUUGGAGAUAUUUUCACUGUACAUAUUGCUGGUAGAUAUAUUACCUUUAUCAUGGACCCAUUUCAAUAUGUCUAUGUCAUCCGAAAUAGCAAGCAACUUGAGUUUCAUGAAUUCGCUAAUAAAAUGGCAUCCAAAACUUUUGACUACCCAGCCUUGUCAAAAGGAAAAUUCCCUGAACUCAAGGAAAACCUGCACAGAAUCUACCAGUAUCUACAAGGCAAGCCUUUGGAUACCAUUUCUGACCACAUGAUGAAAAAUCUCCAGGAUAUAUUUGAAUGGAAAUGCUCACAAGCAACAGAUUGGGAAACAGAAAAAAUGUACAAAUUCUGCUGCUCUGUAAUGUUUGAAGCCAGUUUUGUAACACUAUAUGGAAGAGUUCCUGCUGCAGAUGGCCACAAAGUUAUUAGUGAAAUCAGAGACAAAUUUAUCAAGUUUGAUGCCAGCUUUCCCUAUUUAGCUGCAAACAUACCAAUUGAGUUGCUAGGAGCUACCAAGAAGGUUCGGAAGGAGCUUAUACAUCAUUUUUUACUUCAGAACAUGACAAAAUGGCUGGGAGGGUCAAAAGUGGUCCAAGCCAGACAAGAUAUAUUUGAGAAAUAUGAGCUGCUUGGAGAUUAUGACAAAGCAGCACAUCAUUUUGCCUUCCUGUGGGCCUCUGUGGGAAACACGAUUCCAGCUACAUUCUGGGCCAUGUAUUAUCUUCUGCGGCACCCAGAAGCUCUUGCAGCGGUGCGUGACGAGAUUGACCAUUUGCUGCAGUCAACAGGUCAAAAGAGAGGGCCCACAUAUAACAUCCACCUCACCAGAGAACAAUUGGACAACCUGGUCUACCUAGAGAGUGCCUUAAACGAGAGUUUAAGAAUGUGCUCAUCCUCCAUGAACAUCCGCAUCAGCCAAGAGGAUUUUGUUCUCAAGCUUGAAGGGAAUCAAGAAGUCGUUUUGAGGAGAGGAGACUGGAUAGCCCUUUACCCGCAGAUUUUGCACAUGGACCCUGAGGUCUAUGAAGAUCCUAAGGAGUAUAAGUUCGAUCGAUACAUAGAGAAUGGCAAGAAGAAAACCACAUUCUACAAGGCAGGAAGAAAACUGAAGUAUUUCCUAAUGCCCUUUGGCUCUGGGAUCAGCAUGUGUCCAGGGAGGUUCCUCGCAAUGAAUGAGAUGAAGAUGUUUCUUUUCAUACUAUUGUCUCAUUUUGAUGUAGAACUAGCAGAAAACAAAGCUGUCAGACUUGAUAACAGUCGCAUGGGCCUUGGUAUCCUCCUGCCAGACGUUGAUAUUGCCUUUCGUUACAAGCUAAGGUCCUUAAGAAAUUGAGCAGCUGCCUAUAUGCUUUCCACUAAUCUCCAUGUUUGCUCUGUUUCAUCACUCAGCUUUAUGUUUUUGGAAACAUUUUCUUUUCUCUCUCUGCUUUUACCUCCUUCCUCUUUGUUUCUAAGGAGAAAAGCCGUUGGGCUGGAGGUAGAGACCAGAUGCAGGGACGUGCAACCUCAAUUUGUCCUGCUUGAGUUGUGAGAAGUGAGGUGACAUGACAAGAGUCUGGCCAAGUAAAUAGCCCAGCAUCUCUCCAAGGUGCAUCCCCAUACUCUUGGCUGUGGGAUGAGCAGGAUUUACAGAGAGGACAAAUCCAGGCCACUUAUGUGGGAAAUGGGCUCAGCAGCCCUCUGUCACAGGGUUUGAUUGUGAGGUCCCAUACACCCAUCAUCUAGAGGAAUAUCAGCAUCUGCUCAUAGAAGCAUAAUAAGAAAGGGGGAGCUUAUUUCUAGAGGAUGAGAGAAUGUCCUGUGAUUAUUAUCCUAACUUUAUAUUUACUUUAUUUCUUUCAUGGUCUUGAGAGUCUUAGCCCUUUAUUUGGGAGAUGUGAUGGAAGUUGUGUGGAGUGGUGGAGGAUGAUUUACAAGAAUGUCUUACUGACAACACAUUUCUAACUUCAGGUUUAUGUACUGAGGCUCAAUGCUUUGCUUUCUUGCUCCUUUUACCUUUUUUUUUUUUUUGUGCAGUGCAAAAAAAUUAAAAUAUGUGAUUCCUUUCCUGUAGUCAUUUAAAGCCAGAAGGGAAAUUCUGUUCAUUUUAAUAGGCUCCUGAUCAAGCCUAAAUUAUCUAUUUUGGCAUUUGAGUCCCCCAAAAAAGCAUAUUCUUCAGGGAGAAAAUAUAUAAGCCUGUUUGAAAUUUUUCUAUCACCUCGAAAAUUAGCUUCUCUUUCUCUCACUGUUUCUUAGUAACAUAUUCGUGCAUUUAUUUUGACCAUUUCUUAUGCUUUUUUAAUUUCUCCAAAAACGCAAAAGAGAAAGAGGGUUUCAAGGGCAAAUGUGGUAUCUAAAAAUGCUUUUUAACAUUGUUUUACUUUGCCUAAGUUAUGCAUAGGCAGAGUAGUGUGACCUGUGUUUGGAAACAGACUUGUCCAUCUGCAAAUUGGAAAACAGGCUCUUCCCUGGGGCCAAAAUUUGAGCAAGUGAAAACCCUGGGCAGCCACAGAAGUUUACACUGGCUGCCCAACCUGCUUCAGUGGGUGCCCAGCUCUUGUUUGGAAAAUUAAUUUCCUAGUGCACAAAAUCUGAGAUUUUGGACCCUGUCUCUCUUCCCAGCCAUCUCUUCAGAGAUUGAUGAGAAUUCCCAUGGCUGUCCAAUCUCAAUUUGCCAAGAUGAUAAUUGUUAUGGUAGAAUAGCCAUGUCCGUGGGCCUACCCUUGUGUUCCUAAAAGACAUCUCUCUUUGGGAUGUGUCAAGAUUAAGUCUUUCAAAAUCAGAAAUUCUACUCAUCUGUAGAGCACUUGAUGGCCUAUAAAUGAAAACUACUACCUGCAUACUAAGAAUUAUUUAUUGUUAUUUGUGUAGAAGCCUCUUCAGUUGUUUGUGUAAAGCACAUACCCUAAACAAGUGUCAGUAUCAGUAGAAAGACUUUCAGAGAUUGGUACAGCCCCAUUCCAAAUCCUCCAAGAAGAAAAUUGUGGUUUUGUGAGAUAUAUUGGAUAAACAUUUUCUCUUCAUAUAUAGUAUCAAUAAUGUCCUCAAAUUGGGAGUGCACUUAUGUUAAAUGGGCUUUGCAGUUGAUUAACUUUACUUUAACUUUACUUCAACGUUUAAUCAACAGCAAAAGCUGAUUACUGCCUUGUGCCACAGAAUAAAAUUGGUUUUUAUGGAGACAUUCUUGUACUCAGGUUACUUACUCCUGUAGUUACUCUGUAGAAGCUAUUCUGUACUCAGGUGUAGCUCACAAUGCAGUUUGGACAUUAGAGCCUGGUUUACUGAGAGAGGGAAUGUUGAUAUCAUUACACUGUUGACUGUAUUCCAUUAUUGCUUAUAUGUAAGUUGUAAAAUGUCUCAUGCUACAAUUAUGACGAGUCCUUCUUUGGCAUCCAACUUUAAAACAAACCUGAAGCACUGUGAAAAUAACAGUGGGUAUUUGUUUUAAACAGAAGUCUCUUUUUUAUAAUUGUAUUCUGUUUUUAGGAUUUCGAAUUAGAGUAUCACUGGCUGCUGCAGAAUUUGAUAGGGCAUAAUAGGACUGUGCCAAAAGUACAUGCAAAUCAUUAGUAGUUUGAGAUUAAUUGCUGAUCAAUUUGUAUAGUAUCUGUUCUGAAAUUAAAAGAAGAACUAGAUUGUCUCCAAAGUAGCAAAUUAAAUCUGCAUGAUAUGUUCCAUUAAAAAAAAAAAAAAAAAAAGAGAGAGAAAAGGGUCAGAAUCUUUCCCAGGAGUUGCAGGAAACCUCUAUGAAGCUGCUUGGAGGCCUUGCAUCAGAGUUAGAGAGCACCACACAAGAGGUCAGCAUUCUUCCCGGAUAAAAGUUGCUUGCUCUUUUUGCUCAGGAACCAAAAUAAUCAAAUGCAAACCAGGGUCUGCCCAGCCUGUCCUGGAAUUGUGUCCUGGUAACCCAGGCUCCUGGUUUGGCUGGUAAGCAAUGCAUCACUACCCUGGCAUACCUCGGCUGCUGAGGAAGUAACUCUUGUCCCAAUGUAAGGUCAUGAGAGCUGGAGCUGGACAGAGAGGUUAAGCCCUUCUGGUCCAUGUAUUCAGCAACUGAGGAGGGGAAACAUUGAGAGUCAGCAGCUGGUCUGACCAGGAGUGACUCAGUCUCCAUGGAGCAAGACUGAAAAGCCCAUGGUGUUGGUAUUCCUGGUCAAUAAGCUGAGACAGCACAACAGAGUGCAGCACCCCGAAGGUCCCAGCUGUAGCCAAGCUAGCUGCAGAGUGCUGUGCCCAGAAGAGAAUGUUUCAUUACACAGAGCACAACACCCUUUUUGAUGACCUCCUCUGCUGCAGGACCCGGGAGUGUGCAGCUCUGAAUGUCUGUCACCGGAGCACGAAGAGGCAAAAUCAUCUAAGCAGAAACAGCAGUGGUCUUUGCCAGUGUUCAGGUGACAAUGGGUUGCAGGGCAGGGUGGGGGAGGCAGACCUGUGCUUCCCUCUCCCACCUCUCCACUUCAGCAGGGGGGUCUGCCCUGCCAGCCCAGCAGUACCUGCUGGAGGCACCCACAGCAGGUGCAGGGGCAGGCAGGAGGAGCACAUGGGUACCCCCUGAAUUUCUCUGCUGUUCCUCGAUGAACUGGUGCACUCACCCGUCCGUUUGAGAUGUGACUCAGCUGGUCACUAUCAGCCUCUGACUGUAAGUUGGUGAUGUCUAUGGCUGCAUCAAUAGUAUCUUCUGCUAUUAAAAAAAAAAUUAAGCACCUUUUUUCUCAUCAAAAAAUAGGGAAAAAUAUUAAGUCAGUAUGGCAUUUUAUAGCACCCAAGAAGAAAUUCAAUUUAUCAUGAACUAAUGUGAAUACUAAAAUGUAAUUUUUAAAUUAUUCCUCCUAUUUUAAUUUACAGAUUGAAUGUUCUCCAUUUUCAUGCUGGCACUUAGUGCUGCUAGAUGCUAUUGUAAACUUUUUUAAACGUUCCAUUAUUUAGGAAACCAUCUAGUAUUUGUGUACAUGUUUGCAAAUUAGAUUUUCAUACCUCUGUCAGUAUGUCCUAAUGUAAUAAUAUAAAACCAUGUAAGAGUUGUUCUUUAGUUUAUGCUCUUAAGCCAGCUGCAUGUCACUAUUUUUGGCACUGCUAUUUUUAUGAAUAAUUACUUGUCUGUGAAUUUCUCUUGUAGAAUUUUACGUGAUCUUUUAUUUUGUCAUUGUUCAACUUUUUGUCAUUCAAGAGGUUGUGAAGUGCUCUUAAUUUUGCAAAUUCACAAUUUAUAUAUAGAUGAACAAUGGCUAGUUUCUUCUUAACAGUUAAUAUCCAUUGUUCAGGCUCCUAGAUCAACUAAGGUACUUCUGAGCAAGAAAAUCAAAAUUUCAUUAUUUUAGUAAUCUAACAUCUUAAAGGAAUUUUGUAUUUCAAGGACACAAUAAAAAGGAAUAUAUCUAUUUUAA